AAAGCUAGGCCACGCUCCUCCGCGCUUUACGGCUUUUUCGCGACUCCCCGCCCCCUGCUAGCGGUGCUUUACGGUUGUGUUAGUGUUUUACGACCGCGGCCGGCCGCGUUGUGCGGGGGCCAUGGCUGGGACCGAGCGGGACCCGCACGGGAGGGGCGAGGAGGAGGAGGAGGAAGAGGAGGAAGAAAAGGAGGAGGAAGAGGAAGAGGAAGAAGAGGAAGAAAAGGAGGGGGAAGAAGAGGAAGAAAAGGAGGAGGAAGAGGAGGGUCCCGAGGGCUCCCCCGCUGCCGAAGCCCCCUCGGACCCCCCCCCGAAGCCGGUGGUGCCGGGGGUCCUUUACUUGUCCUUCCUCCCGCCGGGCUUCGGGCCCCGCCAGGCCCGGGCGCUGCUGCGGCCGCACGGGGAGCUGGGCAGGGUCUUCCUGCAGCCCCGCGGAGGCUCCGUGCGGCGGCGGCGGCAGCGCCCGGGGGGGCCCCCGGCCGUGGCGUUCGCCGAGGGCUGGGUGGAAUUCCGGGACAAACGAGCGGCCAAACGCGCGGCCAAAAUCCUGCACGGGGCCCCCAUGGCCCCCCGGCCCCGCAGCCCCUUCCGCCAUCACUGCUGGAGCAUCAAGUACCUGCCCGGGUUCCGGUGGCCUCACCUGAGCGAGCGGCUCAGCUACGAGCGCCAGGUGCGGGCGCAGCGCCUGCGGGCCGAGGUGGCCCAGGCCAAGAGGGAGGGGGGGUUCUACGCCCGCCAAGCCUCCAAAGACCCCCCCAAAACCUCCAGAGACCCCGCGGCCCCUGCCCCGACCUGGGGCUUCACCCAAAGACCGACCGAGGAGGAGAUUUGGCGGCGCAAAGCUCGGCCCCCCCCGGCCGCGCCCCCCCUGAGCCUGCUGGAGAAGGUGUUUGGGACUGGGAGGUGAGACCCUCCCUCAAAUUUGGGGGGGCUCACGUGUCUGGGAGGGACCCUUGGCACGCCAGGGUCUCCUCCAGACCCCGAUGCCUUUCUCAAAGAUCAGAGAAUGUUUUAUUUUUCUCCUUAAAACUUUUAUUACUUUUAACAAAAAUAAUUCCUCGCGGUCUCUUUAAAUUCUGCCAAGGGGGCGGGGCCAAGGGGAGGGGGCGGGGUUAUGGCUUCAGCGCGAAACUCCCUGAAGGCAGCGCGGGGGGGCGGGGAGUGGGAGUGGCUUAAGCAGCUCAGGCCACGCCCCUUUACCAUAAAAGGACGUGGGCUAAGAAAGCAACAGCAGGUGAAAGGUGCGUGUGGGCGGGGCCUGUUCUGAGGGGCGGGACAGGAGAAAGCCACGCCCCUCCCCGCACAUUAAACAGGUAAUUUAAAUCUCUACAAAGGGGAGGGCAGGGCUCUUAAAGGGGCCGCGCCCCCGUUUCGGGGGGCAGUUCCAGUGUCAAAAAUAGAAGCUCUGGGGGGUGGGGGAGGGGCCCCAGUAUGGCACUGGGGAAAUGGGAGAACGAACAAACUUGGGGCCCCAUAAACCUGAUGUCCCCAUAAACCUGGGGGGUGGGGGGCAAACCCCCCAAAAAUGGGUGCUGAGGGCACCCCAAUAUCCCUGGGAAACCGAACGGGGGGAGUGGUACCAAACUGGGGACUCCCCCCCUCAAAAUGCCACUACUGGGGUCCCUCAGCCUUGCUGUGUCCCUGGGGGAGGGGUAACCUGACACUGUGGAGGGGGCAGGGGUCCCCAAAAUCGGGGUGUCACCCUGGGGUCCCCCUGAAUCCCCACAGCGGGGUCCUGGAGCCCUCCAAACCUGGGAGGCACCCCAGAAUCUCCCAGUGAAUCUCUAGGGGGUCCUGGGGACCCCCCAGUGCCCCUCCCCCACUACACCCAAGGCUCCAUCCCCAAAUCCCACUCCCCAAAGGUGCAACACCCCAUCCCUCCUCCCCACCCCCACAUCCCCUGAUUUUAGUUCCCCCCCUCACUUUUAGGUCCCUCAUUUUCCUCUCCCCCUCCCCAUUUUAUUCCCCCCCAUUUCCUCCACCCCAAUUCCAGUUCAACCAUCACCAAAUUUUGCUUCCUUUCCCAUUUGCCUUCCCCCAUCCCAUCACCAUCCCCCUCCCCA